AUGGGAGGACUGAAACCCAUGGCACCGAGUGGAGAACCCGGGGAGGAAGACUCAGCGGGGGAAGAGGACUCGUGGGCGGCCAAGGAAACCUCGGCGGAAGUGGAGGCUUCAGUGGUAGUAGUAGAAAUGUGUUUAGCAAGGGGAGUAUCAUCAUCAUCCUCUAUGGUCGAGUCAUGUAUAGGGGGCACAUCAUGGCCCAAGGCAAAAGGCACCGGCUGA